AGGGGCGCCCCCGAGACGGAACGGGGAGAGGGCCCCGGACCCCCGGGACCGGGCGUCUGCCCCGCCCCGCUUUGGGUGGUCUUUCUAAUGAGAGCGGAUCCUAGGGCACAGUCGGGAGGGGGUCGGGAUCCUCCGCCCUCUGCGGGAGCUCAGUCCGAAAAGCAGCUCCCCUCUUGGGCCCCUUUGUCUCCAAUCCGCUCCGCACCGGGCUCCGGCCGUCGACACAAAGGGAAGGCGGUGAAGACCGCGCAGGCGCGCGAGCCGCUGAGGUUGCUGGGAGCGGUGGUCCGGCCGCCUAAUGAAAUCCUGAAGGAACUGGAUGAGUAUUAUGAGAAAUUGAAACGCGAGACAGACGGCGUCCAGAAGAGGAGAGUGUUGCAUUGCAUUCAGAGAGCCCUGAUUCGGAGCCAGGAGCUGGGCGACGAGAAGAUCCAGAUCGUGAGUCAGAUGGUGGAGCUGGUGGAGAACCGGACCAGGCAGGUGGACAGUCACGUGGAGCUCUUUGAGGCCCAUCAGGAGGUCAAUGACACCACUGGCCACAGCGGCAAAGCCGGCCAGGAUAAGUCCAAGAGCGAGACAAUCACGCAGGCGGAGAAGACCAAUAACAAGAGGUCCCGGCGACAGCGCAACAAUGAGAACCGAGAGAACGCUGCCAAUAAUCAUGACCAUGAUGACAUCACCUCAGGAACGCCUAAGGAGAAGAAAGCAAAAGCCUCCAAGAAGAAGAAACGCUCCAAGGCCAAAGCUGAGCGGGAAGCGUCCCCUGCAGACCUUCCCAUCGACCCGAACGAGCCAACGUACUGUCUGUGCAAUCAGGUCUCCUAUGGAGAAAUGAUCGGCUGUGACAAUGACGAGUGCCCCAUCGAGUGGUUCCAUUUCUCCUGCGUGGGGCUGAAUCACAAACCAAAGGGCAAGUGGUACUGUCCCAAAUGUCGAGGGGAGAACGAGAAGACCAUGGACAAGGCCCUGGAGAAAUCCAAAAAGGAGCGGGCUUAUAACAGACUCAAGAACAUUAGCCAAAGGGGAAACUUGACCAAGCUGCAGAAGGGAAGGAUGAGAACGGAAUGUGUGAGGACAAUCCUGAGACAGUUUGUGGGGUUUAUUCCUAUUACUUCAUACCGACAAGUCAUCGGAACGUUCAGCAUCAAGCACAUCAUUCUCACUUAGUAACCUCGGACAGGAUGUACCGGUGUGGUGCAGAUCUCAACAAAGUUCCAGUUCUUGCCACUGAGUCUGCGGUGCCACCUACUUUUUGAAAAAUACAGACAACGAAAUAGACCACAGAAAAGCAAAUUGGACCUAGAGGCAAAAAUUCAUUGUGGCAGGAUCACUGGGGUCACGGCUAAUGUCUUGAGGAAGCGACAUACAUGGACGGAUUUGACGAUUUUAUUUCUUCCUUUACUCCUAGAAGGUUACUUUGUAGUAUGAGUCUUAGAACAAGUUUAUUGAUAUUUUUUAAUAUCUGGCAUAGGGAAGAAGCCGACGAAUGACAUAUCUGGGGUGUGCACGGGUAAAAAAUUGUUCCAUCACCAAAAGCAUUACAUUUCCCCUCGACAACAGGGCAGCUUGGGCUCUUAACCGUUGGGGGUGCCAGGCCAGUAUUCCUUAAGCACAGAAAAAGCAAAAGGUCAACCCCAGAAGUAAAGAUGACAAUAAGAUCAAACAUAAUAUUGAGAGAGUUGGUAUGCUCUGUCUGCAGAAGCCACGAAAAACUUGUGAUCGAGAUGCUGGACCAAGCCUCAAACAGUAAAAAAGCUGGAUAUAUUUCAUACGAGGGAGGGAAAAGGUUUUAAAUCUGUACCUAAGAGCAAACACAAGAAAGGAGAUUCCCCCCAAGCAAAGCAACUCAGUAGGAAGAGUGAGGAGCUGCUGAAGAGGUAUGCAGGCCACCAACCUGGCCGCUCAUACAGUGCCCACUGCUGGCCCCGUGGGACUGUGGGGACCAGUGGGGACCCCAAGCCCAUCGAGACAUAUCUUCCCCGGAAUGUUUUUCUGGAGCUAGCAGGACAAUGACUUUUCCAUUGGAACUGCUGAGGUGUGAGAUUUGGAUCUGGGGCUUCUGGGGGUUGCCUUGUGCACCAUGUGGAGAAAGUCAUCCUGGAAGAUGGAGAAAAACAUGGUCCUUGAUGGCAUCGUUCGAACCCCUGAGAUGGCCAAUAUGGGAGUCAAGAAACCCUUUUGUUCUUUUUUUUUUUAAAGAUUUUAUUUAUUUAUUUAUUUGAGAGAGAGAGAAUGAGAGACAGAGAGCACGAGAGGGAGGAGGGUCAGAGGGAGAAGCAGACUCCCCGCCGAGCAGGGAGCCCGAUGCGGGACUUGAUCCCGGGACUCCAGGAUCAUGACCUGAGCCGAAGGCCGUCGCUCAACCGACUGAGCCACCCAGGCGCCCCAAGAAACCCUUUUGUUCUUAAGCUACUUCAAGUCGGGUUUGUACUAACCGCCCGCAUUGCCCAACCCGGCUCACCUCCCCAACAACACCGCUCCAUCUGUCUUUACAGAUUUCUUUCGAGAAUAUUGUACACACGCCUCGGUGGUGGUUUUGAAGCCAAAAAUUUAUCCUCUUCCCAUCAAAGGCGGGGCUAGUUUCCCUCCCCUGGCCUCUGGAUGAAGCUCCGGCCUGGCCUGGACUCACAAGGAGAGACCACAGCUGGGACACCCCGAGAUUUCCCAGCUGAUGGCGGACAAGGCAACACAGCUUCUGGGCAAACCCAGUCCGUGGAGCCUCACCCUUGGGACACAGCCUCCCGCAAAGGCCACACGAGUGUUCCUGCCACAACCUCAGCUGAGUCCCCUGGGCAGCCAGGGCUGCCCGACUCAGCCACCAGACACACGAGUGAGUCUGCAGGUGGUUCCACGUCCAGGUGACACCCGAGUGCACAGAGAUGAGCUGUCCACAUCCCCCAAGCCCUUCCCAAAGUGUAGGUGCCAGAGCAAAUUAAGUUGGGGGUGGUUUGUUACCUAGCCGUAGGUAACCUCUGCAAACACGCAGUUUUGCCUCGCUUUGUACUUAAAUGUCAUCGUAGCCUAUGUAUGGAUCUUACGCUAGCUCAUUUUUUCCCUUUGUAACACUUUGCCCUGGAGCUCUUUCCAUGUCAAUACAUAUAGAUUAAUUAACCUAUAAUUAACUACUGCAAAUAAUUCUGUCCUCAUUUAUUUAAACACUCCUCUGUUGAUCAACAUUUAGAUUGCUUCAACUUUUUCCUUAUUGCAAGCCAUUCUAAGAUAAAUAUCUCAUCAUGCACAUGUGUUUUUGUCUAUGAUACAGAGAAGAAAUUGUAAUAGAAAAAACUCACACUUUUAUCUUUUGGCCAAAUUGCCCAAAAAGCUGUGCUUUUACACUUCUACCAGCAGUAUAUGAACUUAUUUACUGCCCCUUAUCUUUAUCAUCACUGGAUAUUAACAAAAUAAAUGUUUUUCCCAUCUUGAGAAAAAAAUAUAAUUAUACAUGAUACAUUACAUUAUAAUUAACAUAUUAUAAACUACUUAAAUGUUACAUACUUUAUACAUACUAUAUAAUACAUACAUAUUGUAUAUUUUAUAUAUAAAUAUAUGUAUUUAAAUAUGAUUUGCACUUUCCUUGUUUGUAGUGAUUUUUCCGCAACUCUUCAGGUGGCCAUUUGUAUGUAUUCUAAAAUUACUAAUUUUCUUAUUGCUUUGUUAUGUGCAAAUAUUUUCUCCCAGUCUGUUGUUGUUUUAUUUGUUCAUAGCAUCUUUUGUCAUAAAGCAGCUUUAAAUUUUGAGCUUGGUAUCUCUGAACUUUUUUUCCUUAUAUGA